CUGCAGGUAUAUUCUGUCCUGGGAAGUAUCCAGGAAAACCGAUAAUUUCGUUGCCUUCGAGUUUCUAUGGAAUUAUUGAAAUAGUAAACAGAGAGCAGUCAACAAUAAUGUUUCAGGAGAUAUGGUUUCAUGCUGAUCAAAAGAUAAUAAGAUAUGACACAAAGAACUCUGAUGGAAGUGAUUCGGAUCCAUAUAUGACCAUAUUAGACUUUAAAACAGGAAUCCGAUAUAAGAUAGAUAAAUAUAUAGGUAAUUGUGAGACAGGGCUUGUUGUGGUCGGAGAUAACUUUGUUAAAGCUCAGAGUGCAAACAGUUAUAACAUUGAUAUAAUGUCUGUAACGGAAUACUUCCAUCUAGCCAAUGCGUAUAUACAAUACGUUGGAAGAAGAUGGACACGAGGUAUUUUGUGUGACGUAUGGGUAGGGACAUACUUCGAUGAUUCCGUGUCCAGAAACUUUACUGCAGAAUGGUAUUUUGCUGCUCAAGGUUGGAGGGAAGCUGUCGGACUGAUUUUGCAGACAGGAUCAUUUAUCAAGAUGGACAUUUUCGGGGGAGCUCAAUAUCCCAUGUCAUAUCAGAUACAUAGAAUGGACCCUAUAGCACCACCUCUAUCUUCAUUUAAUUUAUAUAACUGUUUCGAGCCAGCAAAAAAAGCUCAUGUCAUCGCCCGUUUCAGUGUAUCGGGAGGUAAACUUAUUUCACAGAUAAGUCAGCUGUACCUUCAAGACAUUCUACAUACCAAGCUUACAGAACUAGCACAGAUAGAAUCUACACGAAUGACCAAUAUACUUAUGGAAUAUUACGGCGGAAAUGAGUUUUACUUAAGUGCAACACUUCUUGACAAAGCAUCGAUUACCAAUCCUAGACUUUUCCCUCCAGUUAAAAGACAGGUUCCACUUUUGGCAGCAUUUGAUUUUUUAAGAGGACAAAUAGAAGGAAAGUGGUCACAAAAUGUAUCGACCAGUACAGGCGAGCUUGUAACAUUUUAUGGAGUGAACAUUGUACAGCUAAGCUAUCAAGCAGAGUUAACAACUACAACAGCACCAACUACUCCUACCCUACCCUACAUUGUCCCAACACUUCCACAUCCCACAAUACCUCACACGACAAAACGCCGUACCCCACCAAUACCGCCUUCAUUAACGACUAAAAGAACUUCAAUCCUUACUACUCCUCGUACUUUUCCAUCUACAUUGAUCACAAAAACUACUGACUCAAGGAUAUCGAGGCAUACUGUAAUCCCUAAACCAUGUAUUUGUCCGAAAAUUACAUGUCCAACUGCUCAGACACAAACAUCUCUACCGCCAUCAACUUGCCCACCUGUACAACAGAGAACAGUCAAGCCUUCUAAGAAGAUAACACAAAAGCCCAUGAAACAAUCUACAAUUACAUUCAAACAACCAACCAAAAGUAGUCAGAACUGUUCUGUUUUAUUAAGACAGAUGCAACUUGCAGCAGACAACGCAAAGAAGAGCACCCCGGGAGUUAGUAAAGGGGGAGUAGCUGGAAUUGCGCUAGCAAUGUUGAUUGUCGGAGCUAUAAUUGGAUUCAUAAUGACAAGGGUUUACCAUGUAAAAUGUCGUCGUAAUCAUCCAGGACUACUAAACGACAUGGAAGAGAACAAUAGAUAUUAGACUAGUACAUGUUGUUCAUGGUGAAGUAAUCUCAAAUGUUCGUAGUAUGAUAUGUAUUUGGUCCUGGCAAUUCUCCAAAACUAUUCACUUUGUUGUUUGUUUAGUUCGAAAAUAAAUGUUGGAUAUUGA